AAUCAAAAAGUAGUGAUCCAGAUUGCAUGAAAACCAAUGUACAAAAUGGGUGUCACAUGAGAAAGAAGUUAUUCCAAAAGCAAACUUUAGUAACAAUUUAUUGUAACUGAAUGGUAACUUCUACCUAUUAAAAUAUAAAAGAAAACAGACAUAUAAAAAGCUACCUAUUGUCAAUAUUUAAUGUAUCAAAUGGUGCUUUGCUUUUAUGCGACAUCUAACUAAGUUUUAUAAAACUUCUCCUUCAAGUUAGCAGUGGACCCUGACUUGUACUACACGGUUUUGAUUCCAGAAAUAUUCUAUUCAUGCUCUAUUAAUAACACUUAUUUCAAAGACAUCACACCUGUGUUUGAUCUGGCAUUGUUAUUUUGAAAAGUUGAAAAAGUUAGGCCCACCAUGAAAAUGAAAAAUAAUUAUUAAGCUGCUUUUAACAAGAAGUAAAAGGUACUGGUUAUCACUGGCAAUGGUAUCCCAUAAGAUCCAUAUUUUGUUCCACUGGUGUGUCAUUUGAGAAUGUUUUUGGUAGGAGUGGUAAGAGGCAGUAUAAAAACAGACAAGGACAUAGACAACCUGAAAAUCUAAUUCAGAUUGCAAGUUAGAGGUCAGAAAUCAGGUCAGAAGUAUAAAAAUGAACUUAACUAAAAUGAAAAUACAGAAAUCUGACUCAAAGAAUACACACCAGGCUAAAGCCCUAAUGUCAACACACACUACUAACACCAUGACAAUCUUAGUUAUACAGAAUUUUGAACAACCAAGAAAUUAAUGGCACUAAUGUUUAUACAAAAUGGUGAUGCAACACAUCACCACUUCUUGUUGCUCUGUGGUAGUAGUACUGCUAGCAAUCAUACACAACAUUAGGAGAGAUUACGUGUUUCUUUGAUGAAAAUGUUGCGCCAUAUUGCAAGCCUGAUGUGAAACUUGUUCCUCCUUCAGACAACUGCAGUAUAUUUCUAAGUUUAAGGAAGACUUUUUUGGUUUAUAAUGAAAAUGAAGAUAUUGCAUCAUGUGCAGUGGAGUACUCUGUCAGUGUUAAUGUUUCCCAAGUUUGUAUAUAAACAUUCUUCAUGUACAUUUUAAUUAAAGGAAGGUGACACGGAGAAAGUUUUGGGGCUGCAUGGAACAUCACCUAUAAUGUCCAGUAUGAAAAAUGAAAAAAAAAGUGAACAAGUAGAUUAUAAGGAUCAUAGUUUCCUCUGCAGUCAAAACUUCAUCAGAUCACAGACUAUGUGUCCUCUCCUGAACCUGGUCCUUAAAUGAACGACUUUAAGUUGAUUUCACCAUUUUUUUCCACAUUUUCUGGACUUUGACCACCAGAGUACACCUGUGUAUUUCCAUAGACCAGAAAAAAUGAACAUCAUUUUAAUACUUUUGUGGAGUACAGUUUUUUGUGAUGCAGACAGGCUCAAUCUCAAAGGAAAACAGCAAUUUCCGAUAAAUUUGUUUUGGAAUUCCCAGAACUCUGUUGUUGAAAAUACACUGUUACCAAAUGAAAUUCUGGAUCUGUCCCUCCAAAAUAUAAGUGACUUUAACAGUGCAUAUUUGGCUGAAAUGACAGAUUUAAAGCUCAUCAAUGUGUCAUUUAAUAAUAUAGAAGAACUUGAAGAUGACCUUUUUAAAUCCACUCAGAAACUCAAGUAUCUUGAUUUAUCACACAAUGAGUUGCAUAAUAUAUCCUGUGAAUUUUUAGUCUGUCUUCCUGAACUUGAAUAUUUGGAUAUUUCUUCAAACAAGUUUAUGGCAUUAAAUUUAGGAAGUGCUUUUAAGUCAGUGGUGAAUCUUAAAUUUCUAAGGGUUAGUGCUGAAAAACUUCAAAGAAAUGACCUUAAGAAUAUUGCAGGUAUUAGGCUAAAUAUUUUUUUUAUUGAAAUAAAGAAACCCUGGAAUUAUGAAAGAAAUAGUUUAGAUUGGAUAAACACAAACACAGUUGUUAUUGUAUUCCCUAAUGAUAAUGUGGAUAAAGUGGGUGCUUUUCUUUCAGAUGUACUGGAAAUUUCAACAAACAUAGAGAUUAUUGGCAGUGCAUAUGUGAAAAAAUACUGUUCCGAUAUCUCAUAUGCUUCUUCUAGUUUUGUAAGUUUUAAUUUGACUAAUAUGUAUUUAACAAAUUUCCAAAUCUCUUUCGAUUGUUUUUUCAAAGCUGUUAAGCUGUUUUCCAAAUUACAAGGACGAAAGCUUCAUGUAUAUAAUUUAACUGUGACUGUUACAAAUAAUGAAUGGAAUAUUAAAGACGUGUUUCUUCCAUUUGAAGCAUUAUCAGUACAAGUUGUAAAAGCUAAAGAGAUGGUAUUUGAUGCUUCAACAGUAUAUAAUUUUUUAAUUAACGUGAAAGUUAAAAAUCUUAAAAUUUCUGAAACUCCAUUGUUCUAUAUAACUUGCCCAACUGACAGCAUAUACGAGGUGUUAGAUUUCUCAGACAAUUUUUUUUCAGAUGAGAUAUUUUCCUCUCCUGGAGUCUCUGCCUGUAAAACAUUUCGUUUAUUACACACAUUAAUUUUAAAAGGGAAUAAGCUAAUGCAUCUUGACAAGCUGAGUGUAAGAACCCAGCAUAUGAAGGCAUUAACAGAAUUAGAUGCCAGUUUUAACAUGCUUACAAGUGAAUCUAGAAACUGCUAUUGGCCACUAAGUUUAAGUAAGUUAAAUUUAUCUUUUAAUUCUCUUGACAGUUACGUUUUUUACUGUAUACCCAUUAUGGUACAAAUUUUGGACCUACAGUACAACCAAAUAACCAGCAUACCACAAGAUAUGGUCCCUCUGAAUGCUUUAAAAGAGAUUAACCUGUCAUCAAACAGACUGUUUAAUAUCCCUGAUUGUAAAAAUUUUCAUUUUGUGGAAUUACUCUUUUUGAGCAGCAAUGUCAUAAAGACUCCAUCAGCAGAUUUUCUUGAUAGCUGCCAGAUUCUGAAACAACUGGAUAUUAGCAGAAACCCCUUUAUAUGUGAUUGCAGUUUAAGGCGCUUUCUCCAAAAUAGGGACAAAUCCAAACUUACAUUGCUUGGGUGGCCUAAAUUAUACAGCUGCAGUGAACCAGAAGCAUUGAAUGGAACGUUGUUGGAAAAGUUUCACAUGUUUGAAAUAUCAUGCAAUCUAGCUCUUCUGCUUAUAGCCAUUCUCAUUCCAUUAAUAGUGAUUGUUAUUUCAAUAGCAGUGCUGUGUAAGCAUUUUGACGCCCCUUGGUAUCUACGAAUGAUGUGGCAGUGGACACAAACAAAGCAGAGAGCAAAGACAAAACAGAUAUUAGAAACCCGACGAGAUCUGGCAUACAAUGCUUUUGUCUCCUAUAGUCAAGAUGACUCUAGUUGGGUCAAGGAGUAUCUUCUUCCAAACCUGGAAGAGAUGGGCACAUUAAAGAUAUGUUACCAUGAAAGGAACUUUAUAGCUGGAAAAAGUAUAAUUGAAAACAUCAUUACAUGCAUUGAGAAGAGCUACAAAUCCAUCUUUGUUUUAUCUACCAAUUUCAUCAGUAGUGAGUGGUGCCAUUAUGAACUGUACUUUGCUCAGCAUCAGCUGCUAUCAGAAAAUACUGAAAAUUUGAUUCUGAUUUUGUUGGAGCCCAUUCCUCAUUACAUGAUUCCAUCAAAAUAUUAUAAACUCAAAGAUCUGAUGUCAAGAAAGACCUAUAUGGAGUGGCCUCAAGAUAAAAACAAGCAUAAGUUGUUCUGGGCUAACCUACGAUCUGCCAUACAUAUCAAUCUGUCAGAACUUGCAGCAAGAUGAACUGAAAACAAUGCAAGCCCUUAAAGUGGUAAAUGUUAUUUGUGGUAACGCCACUUAAAAAACAAAAACAAAGAACAAGUGGAAUAGUUAUGAUCCUUUUUGGGAUGGAGUAUUCCUUUAACAUAUAUUAUUUUUUUACUUACCUAGGAUUGCUUGUUAAUAAUAACAAAAAAAAUUAUUAAUGUUAUGUUUUUAUGGUGAAUGGAGAUAAGCAAAUUCCAUAUAGAGUUGUUGUCGAUGGGAACAAUGAUGAACAACAGUAAACAAUAUGAAGAAAAUUAAGUUAUUUAAAUAUGUAAAGAAAACUUUCUGUAGAAUUGGUUCAAAAUAUUCGAGAUUUUCAAUACCAAGAAUAUGAGUUUACAGUAAAUUGAUUUUGAAAUAAAACUUAAACAGAGUGAGCUCACUAAGCCAUUUGUUUCCUUGUCUCCCCUUUUAUACUCAAAAGUUUUUAAAUAUGUUAAAAAGGACCAAUAAUGCAUAUUGUCUGUACCAACACAAAGGUAUAAAUAUUAGUGAUCUUGUGCCCAGCUUAAUGAUGAGUUCCAGGUUGGAUUAAUAAAGCAUAGAUAAUGAUGACACAACGGUUUUUUGUGCCUUGCUGGUCUUUACAAUGAUGAGAUAAUUCCAGAUGUUUUGCUGUUUCAUGAUAUGAAGACUAGAAGAAGAGGUUUGGAGAUACGGGGAAGGGUCAGUAUCACACAUCUUCUCCAUUAGGUCACUUUGGCUGAUGGCAGAGGCAAGGGACAGUUUGAUGACUUCGCAACUUUUUUCUUGUCCUCCUGCAUGUUUUUUUUUUACUUCAGACCCCAGAAGAGACAAAGUAUUAAUACGUGUAUAAUAGCUCAGAUACUUUAGUUCUAAAGUUGGGACAUUUUGAUAGAUGGAAAUGGUUUAUUACAAUUGAUUUUUUAGUUAGCUUACCUUUGAGAUAUUGGUAUAAUAUGAAAAUAAAGUUGGUAAAGAACAAAGACUGUUUGGGUCAGUUCGAGAAUUGAAACAAAUCAGCUCAGUCUUUCCAUGUAUAGUUUUGUGAAAUCAGUGUCUAAUAAGUGAUUUGAUUUAUUGACUAAUAAGGAUACAUUUUUUAGGAGGAAAAUUCUGAGUGACUAAAUAUUUAAAUUAUUUUUCACUGAAAAUUAAAAAUGUAUUUACAGUUUUCUAAAAGUAAAUACAUAUAAGUACAGUGUGAGUAUGCUUAAAUCUCAAGGUAUAUACAGUAUUAGUCUUUGUUAAGCAGGAACACCAUAUUACUUCCUUUAUACAGAAUUCUAUGUAUUUAUAUGUAAAGGAACCUUGUAGUGGUAAGGUUUGUUCCCACAAUCCAUGCAAUUGAGUUCCUUGGAGACUUAGAUAGGUUUAGUGACAGUGUGUUCCACCCACAGCAAAGCCUCGGACUGUUUGUGACUCUGUACUAAAGGAAUCGCAUUCAGAAAAUGGCAAAUAAAUUGUACGUUUUCAUGAAGAAAAAUGUAAUGCUUACUGUAUUUUUAACAUUGUUCAAUAAACCAUACAAUGUAUUGAAUAUCUGGACUCUGUAACUUGUCUUAUAGAAGAGCAGUCCAUAUUCAGUGAUUUUAGCUGUUAGUUUAUGGCUUCUGAAAUUGUAUCUUCUAGUACUCAGUCUUUUUCUAAGUCUAAACUUUAGCAGUAUUCAUGUAAAUAUCUUUUGGGACUUGUUACUAAAAUUGCCUUUACAUAUCGUUCUUUUUAUUUCACCUUGAUCUAAUGGCCACAUUUACAUUAGAAGACGGUAGAUACUCAUGUAUGUUCAUCUUACUUAAAUACAUUUAUGAGGCUCACAUGUUUUUUAAGUCAUUUGAGACUUGGAAAUGUCCAUCUCCAGUAUGGCCAUCCCUUUGCAAUCAUAUUUGAGUAAUUACAUAUCUUAAUAAAGUAUAUCAGAACCUUCUCUUUCAUCACCUUUAGUUUAGAGUUGCAGAUGUCCUAGCCAGUUUUGUCAGCAGGGACAACAAUUAGAAAUGGGUAGGAUAUUGGUUAUUUGCAGGGCAUACCCAAUAUACAGACGUAUGUUAGCCUUGUGAACUGACUAGCAGUAUGACUUUGAAUAGGGGCAGGGAUAAGAAGCUUUUUUAUAUAAUAAAAAAAAAUUGGCAUGUGCAUGGUAAAAUAAUUUUCAUGUAUAUAGAGCACACAACACAGCUACACACACACCUUCCUGAUUUAGAUUUUACCUAAAUCUAAAUCAUGUACAUCACUGGUAAUAAAACAGUACCCAAAAAAAUUCACAAACACUUUAAAGCACAAUCUAGGAAUUAAUCCCAGGUCUAAUAACUGUAUUACUCUAGUAUGAAACUAAGUAAUAAAUGUAAGGCAAAUAAUUAUAUCACACAGCUUCUGUGACAUAAGACCAUAUUAUAAUAUUAUACAACAAGAGCAAAUGAUGUCAUGGUAGUAUUAUAACCAUACUAAAGUAACUCUGAUUGUAUGAAUUAUAACCAUCUAUUCGAGUAACUGAACUUUUGCAUUUAUCUUAUUUUGUAAUCCAUUAAUAAAUUCAGAAUUAACAACAAGCUUGCCCUUGGCUGUCAUUAGAUAUAUAUAAUCAAUAUGUUUGACCGGUUCCACACCUCCUCUGUCUCACAGUUAAUGAUCAUUGUAUAGGUGUGCAGUCCUGCUGCCUUUUUAAGAACAACAGGCACAAUUGAAGGUUUGAUUCAUCAUUCGUAAAUUAAAGAAAACUAAAUUCAAUUAUCUGACUAGUGAAACUGGCAAACAUCUAACAAAGAACAGGGGCCCAGCUUCUCCAAAAUGGUAGAUAAAAAUAAGCUCUGCUCACUUCUCCAAAACAUGAAGAAAAAUGAAGUUAAUUUUGUGUAUAUGAUAGGAAAUGGGUCUAGUAUAAAUGUAUUAAUGGUGGACAUACUCAGAUUUCAUAUAUGUAUUGUUGAAUUAAAUAUAACUUGAUAUUUUUUGUCUUUACCGCAAAAAUUA